AUGCAUAUUCCACACCUUUUUCUCGAUCAAUUACCAGUCGAAAUUAUCUUCGAUAUAUUCACAUACUUAACUACUAUCGAAGUUCUUCAUUCGUUUUAUAGCUUCAGUCGAUAUUUAAGACAAUGUAUACGAAGUUAUCAACAAUAUAAAAUAAAUUUCACAUCGAUAUCUAAAAAUGAAUUUGAUCGAAUAUGUAACGUUAUUCGGCCUGAUCAAAUGAUGGCAUUGGCUCUAUCCGAUGAUGAAGAAACACCUGGUCAGGUGACUAGUUUUUUUGCUCGUUUUCCAAGAUUUGAACAAACUUUUACUCGACUCGAAUAUCUUUAUAUAAGAAAUUUUCAAGAAUUCCCUAGUUUAUCUCAUAUGACAUCGCUUCAUACAAUAGCAAUUGAUUUUAUCCGAUGGCCAAUUUAUUCUUUUGAAUAUGCUCAUAUUCAACAAUUUGAUGAUAAGCUUGCCACUAUUUGUCGUCUUCCGACUUUACGUGCUCUCGUUUUGAACAAAAAAUCACUAAAUAUUCGUCUUAAUUUCAACACAUUCUUUAUCGGUGAACAUCUGAAUAAAUUUCAAAUUCAUCUACGAACAAUAGAUAAUCUUCCGUUCAUUUUCAAAUGUGUACCGAAUAUCCAACGGCUAACCAUCAGUCUGAAUACAACAUCGGUUGAUAAUGAUUUUUCUUCAAGAUUCAAUGUUCCUCAUUCAUUAACUCAUCUGACUAUUAAAGUCAGCUUCGGUCUUCGAAAUGAAAUCCAACACAUUAUUCAAUCGUGUUUCAAUUUGAUGUAUUUGAAUAUUCAUAUCGAAAGAAAUCAAACGGAUACUUAUCAAUGGCUCGAUGGCAACUGGUGGCAAUCGUUAAUUGAUGAAUUUUUGCCUCAACUGAAGAUGUUUCGUUUAAGGAUUGACCUUAACUCUUCACUUGAUUUGUCUGUGACAAAAGAUCUGCUCAAAAGUUUUCAAACCACAUUUUGGACGAACAAUGAAGGACGAUAUCGAUCGUUUAUCAUUGGUGUCAUGUCGGCAUUCGAUACAUUGCCUAUUGAUUGCAAACAACAAAUUAUAUCAAAUAAAACAUUAUGCAUCAAUUUAUCAUCCGGUGACUCACCGAUUCUACCGGAAAAUCGUGCCUCCAAUGUGGAAUUAUUAACAUUAGAACACGCCACGCCUACCAAUGAAUACUAUACAGUAUCGAAUUUGAUUGAACUUGAAAGAUAUAUCAAUAAUUUAUCUACACUUGUCCAUUUGAAAUUAGAUGACACGUGCGCGAUGACUUCUUCGGUGUUGACUCAACUUCUCAACAUUGCACCUCGACUUACUCGUCUGACCAUCUCAUCUUUUCACAAUCACAUGCGCGGAUUAUUUGAUUUGACAUAUCCCCAAAUCCGUUGGCUGGAUAUGAGACGUGGAUAUUUGCCCGGUAAAAGUCGAACCACAUUUUGUUCGGUAUUUCCAUGUCUGAAACAUUUACUCAAUUGUUAUCUUUAUAGCGAAGAAGAUUUCGAAGUACUUAUUGAAAAUCUUCAAUUCUUACAAAAUCUUACUGUUCAUAUUCAAACAUAUUAUUUCGAUAGCAAUGAUGAGUUGAAACAAUGGUUGAUGAGACAUACUCAUUUAAAAAAUUUUACAUUCAAACUAAUCAACGAACGACAAAUACUAUUAUGGAUUGGUCGUUAA